AUGACGAAAUUUGUGUUAUUUCUGUUACUGAUUUUUUGUUCUACUUGCGGUAAGUUUUCGUUUAAACUUUUCUAAUUUUGAACUUUAGAAGGACAACAACGAGUAUUACUGAGGGAUGUAACGUCUGUAACGUUAAAAAGAGGUGAAUAUACGACCGGUCGAAGGUCUUCCUCAGUUCCUCAGUUACAAUGUGUAGGUGGAACUGCCUACGGAAAGUUCUCUCCUAAGGUUGUUCAAUGUUACAAUCGAGGAUUUGAUGGAGUAGAUGUACAGUGGGAGUGUAAGGCGGAGAUGCCCGACCAGUAUGAGUUUGGAAAGGUAGCAGUAAAAAUUGUGAUCUAUUUUUUUAGAUAACCGUUUCUUGCGAAGGUUACGACCGGCCGAAUGAUCCAUUCAUUUUGGCCGGCUCUUGCGGAUUGGAAUACGAACUGGACUAUAGUAAAAAGGGCGUUUCUGGAGGUUACUACAAGGCAUCGUACCCAGAAGACAAGACUAUAACGGUUGUAUUUUACAUCGUGUUUGCUAUUGUCGUAUUGUACAUCAUCUAUAAUUGGGUAACCCCACGUGACGGCGCUGCUGGAAGUGGGUUUAGUUUAAUAGUGAACAUUCUGCAAAAUCUUGCUUAUAUCUUCGAUUUGCUAACGAUUUUUUCAGCAGCAGGAUACGGUGGUGACUACCCAGGCGGUGGAGGCGGUGGACCGGACCCACCAGGAUGGCGACGUCCUCCUACGGCUCCUCCAUCUUACGAUGAUGCUACUAAACCCACAUACUCAUCGUCAUCAUCUUCUAGACCUGCAACUGAUGGACCGGGUUUUUGGAGUGGACUAGGCCUUGGAGCCCUCGGUGGAUACGCCGCGAACAACUUCAUGAACUCGGGAAAUGCGGGUACCAGAAGACGAGCAACUCAGUUCGACAGGGACACUGGCUAUUAUCAGGAUGACUACGAUCGACCCAGCACUUCUGGGCAAACCUCCUCGGGAACUCACACAUCUUCUGGCUUUGGUGGUACUAGUCGAAGAUAA